UCCGGCCCCGUCCAAGGCAUUGCCGGUGCGUACACGGGCAACAGCCUCGCGGUACAGGCGGUGCUGAUCAGCCUGCUCAGCGUGUCGCUCUGGAACGCCCUGGAACUGAUCGUGCUGGUGUUGGGGUACUUCCGCGUGCACCGCGGCCUGUACUUCUGGUCUCUGCUGAUCACUGCCGGCGCGGGCGUCAUUCCGGAUGUGAUAGGCCUGCUGCUCAAGUACUUUGCGCUGGCUCCCAUCGCCGUGCCUGUCACCGUCUCCACGUUCGGCUGGACGGUGAUGGUGACGGGUCAAUCGUUGGUGCUGUACUCGCGUCUGCAUCUCGUCGUGCACAGCCAAAAGCUGCUGAUGAGUGUACUCUGCAUGAUCAUCGCAAAUGCCAUCCUCUUUCAAAUCCCGCAGAUCGUCCUCUCGUACGGCGCCGUGUACGGGCCCAGCACGUUCAGCUUCAUCCUCGUCUUCAACACGUGGGAGAAGGUGCAGCUUGUGAUCUUCAGCUUGCAGGAAGUCAUCAUCUCCAGCAUCUUCAUCGUCCAGGCUGUUCGGCUCUUGCGUCUUUUCCCAGAAAGCCAUGCAGAUUCAGAUCUAGAUGUACAUACCCCGAGCCACCGUCGCAGCCGCAGACGCGUGCGCAUCAUGUACCAAUUGCUAGCCAUCAACACGGUCCUCAUCGCCAUGGACAUCGCCCUCCUGGCGCUCCAGUAUUCGAACCUCUUUCUCUUCCAGACCGUCUUCAAGGUUUUUUUCUAUUCUGUCAAGCUGAAGCUCGAGGUUGCCGUUCUCUCGAGGCUGGUUCUUGUCGUA